CCCAAACCGAGAGGCCUCGCGAGAUCUGCCACUCAGGCACCUAUUAGGACAGCCCGAACCGCCACUCGGACCGCGCCGCCUGGGCCUCGGCGGCUCUUCCGGAAGUGACGGUGUCUCCCGGAACCGAAGAUGGCGGCGCCUGGCUCAGGCCUGAGGCUGCCAGGGGGGGAAGGAGGCGGCAGCGCCGCUGCCUCGUCACUGUCUAUGGAGCGGAUCCGCUCGCUCACCGACCUGCCAGAGCUGGAGGCCGCCUACAGCCGCCUGUGCGGGGAGGAGAAAGGGGUGGAGGAAGAGCUGGAGGCACUCCUGGAACAACAGAGUACCAUAGAGAGCAAAAUGGUCGCCCUUCAUCGCCUGGGUCCUAACCUGCAGCUGAUUGAGGGGGAUGCCAGACAGUUAUCUGGGAUGAUCACCUUCACUUGUAACCUGGCUGAGAACGUCAGCAGUAAAGUUCGGCAGCUUGAUCUUGCCAAGAACCGCCUCUAUCAGGCCAUCCAGAGAGCUGAUGACAUCUUGGACCUGAAGUUCUGCAUGGAUGGGGUUCAAACAGCAUUGAGAAAUGAAGAUUAUGAACAAGCAGCUGCUCAUAUCCACCGCUACUUGUCUCUGGACAAAUCAGUCAUUGAGCUGAGCCGGCAGGGCCAGGAAGGCAGCAUAAUUGAUGCCAACCUGAAGCUCCUGCAGGAGGCAGAGCAGCGCCUGAAGAUCAUAGUGACUGAGAAAUUUGACGUGGCUACGAAGCAGGGAGACCUGCCUCAGGUGGAACGUUUCUUCAAGAUCUUCCCGCUGUUGGGCUUACACGAGGAGGGGCUGAGCAAGUUCUCAGAGUAUCUCUGCAAACAGGUCGCUAACAAAGCCAAGGAGAACCUGUUACUGGUGAUGGAGACGGACAUGAGUGACCGUAGAGCUGCAGUCAUCUUUGCAGAUACACUGACGCUCCUCUUUGAAGGAAUCGCUCGCAUCGUGGAGACCCACCAGCCCAUCGUGGAGACCUACUAUGGACCAGGGAAGCUGUACACCCUGAUCAAGCACUUGCAGGUGGAGUGCGACCGGCAGGUGGAGAAGGUGGUGGACACGUUCAUCAAGCAGAGGGACUAUCACAGGCAGUUCCAGCACGUUCAAAACAGCAUGGUGAGAAGUUCAGCUACAGAAAAGAUUGAACCAAGGGAACUUGACCCCAUUUUAACCGAGGUCACCCUGAUGAAUGCCCGCAGCGAGCUGUACCUCCGAUUUAUCAAGAGACGGAUCAUCUCGGACUUUGAGGUGGGAGACUCCAUGGCCUCGGAGGAGGUAAAGCAAGCGCAUCAAAAGUCUUUGGACAAGCUCCUCAACAACUGCCUGUUGAGUCGCACCAUGCAAGAGCUGAUUGGCUAUUACAUCACCAUGGAGGAGUACUUCAUGCGGGAGACUGUCAACAAGGCCGUUGCUAUGGACAUGUGUGAGAAGGGUCAGCUGACCUCCAGCAUGGUGGAUGACGUCUUCUACAUAGUGAAGAAGUGCAUCGGGCGCGCCCUGGCCAGCUCCAGCAUAGAUUGUCUCUGUGCCAUGAUCAAUCACUCCACCACCGAGCUGGAGUCCGACUUCAGGGAGGUUCUGUGCACCAAGCUGAAGCUGGGCUUCCCGGCCACCACAUUCCAAGACAUCCAGAGGGGGGUGACCAGUGCGGUGAACAUCAUGCACAGCAGCCUGCAGCAGGGCAAGUUUGACACCAAAGGCAUCGAAAGCACCGAUGAGGCCAAGCAGUCCUUUCUGGUCACCUUGAACAAUGUGGAGGUCUGCAGCGAAAACAUCAUGACCCUGAAGAAGACUUUGGAGAGCGACUGUGCCAAGCUGCUCAGCCAAGGCUUUGGGGGCGAACAAGCCGAAGCCAAGAUCGACAGCUGCCUCGCCGACAUGGCUGCCGUGUCGAACAAGUUCAGAGAUCUGCUGCAGGAAGGACUCAGUGAACUGAACAGCACAGCUGUCAAACCACAGGUGAAACCCUGGAUCAACCUCUUCCUUUCAGUCUCCCAUAAUAUCGAGGAGGAAGAGUUCAAUGAUUAUGAAGCCAAUGACCCCUGGGUCCAGCAGUUCAUCAUCAACCUGGAACAGCAAAUGGCAGAGUUCAAGGCUGGGCUCUCACCUGUGAUCUACGACAGCCUCAGCAGCCUGACCACCAGUCUCAUUGCCAUUGAGCUGGAGAAGGUGGUUCUCAAAUCCACCUUCAGCAGGCUUGGCGGCCUGCAGUUCGAUAAGGAGCUGAGAUCGCUGAUAGCCUAUCUCACCACCGUGACCACCUGGACCAUCCGGGACAAGUUUGCUCGUCUUUCCCAGAUGGCGACCAUCCUCAAUCUGGAACGGGUGACAGAGAUCCUGGAUUACUGGGGCCCCAACUCAGGCCCCCUGACCUGGCGCCUCACCCCAGCAGAGGUCCGCCAGGUGCUGGCCCUCCGAAUCGACUUCCGCAGCGAGGACAUUAAGAGGCUGCGCCUGUAGCUGCCACGCUGUCUGCAGCGCCUGGACGUCCUCGGAUGCGCUUCGUAGUGUGAACGUAGCAACCCCUGGGGCCCGUCCUCGUGCUUCCAGCACUUGCUGCAGCAGGACUGUGACAAGCCCAGGGGCGACCAGCUGGUGCUGUCAGCCACCAGCCCUGUGAUGAUUCCAGUGCUGCUCCCCAGUGCCCCACACACGGCUUUCCUGGUAUGGGAGAAGGCCCAGUGCAGCUCACUGCCCUUCAGGGAGCAGAGACAGCGGCCAUGCAAUCGCUCAUGUUUUCGAGCAGCGCCGUUCCAGCAGCGUUGCUCGCUGAGGUGCCCUCCCCAUGACACUAACGGGUCAGGCUGUUCUGACAGAGGCUUGGAGCUUGCUCAUGCCUUCCUCUGCCGGCCUUCCUGUCUCAGGGCCGGCUCUGUGGAGUACGUGGCUGCAGUCCCAGAUGCUGCCCCAUGCAGUGACUCAAACGCCAGUGACCUUGUGCCGCCCUCCACAAACCAUGGUUGCCCUGGCCCAGCAGGGUGGAAUCCUGGCGUCCUUCCCCCGGCUGUGGUGACAGUUCCCAGGUCAGCUGCUGGCGUUCCAGGGGCAGGCCCUGCCCCUGGGCUAGUUCUUCAGGCUGGGGCCGAAGUAGGGAGUGUCUGAAAUUCACGUGGGGGCUGCUGAUGGUCAAGUCCCUUCUGGACUCAGGGCUCUGGCUCCUCUUGUACCUGUUUACACUGUGCGGCGAGGCAGUGAAUAAAGAUGGAGGAGGGGGGAGUAACGUUCCUCCGGUGACGUGUGUUACGGGCUGGGCGAGUGCAUGGCCAAGGGGAGCUAAGGCCAGAACCUCCUGCAGGCUUCUGCCCUACCUGCAGUGGGCUGUUCGCUUGUCUUGUCCAUCUGCCUGGGGCCCUGAGGGCACGUAGUUGGCACUGGGCUAGUCUAAGUGAUGCUUAGCCCAGGACUGUGCUAGCGCCGUCUCCCUGCUGUGCUGCGUGCUGCUCUCAGCCCUGCUGGUGCAGACGAGCUCUACCUCUCUGCAAAGCCUGCGGCUCCAGCUGGGUGGGCUGAGCUGCCUCAAGCCUAGGGCUCUGCUGGGAACGCACAGCCCGCUGGGAGGGAAGAGUGACAGCACACUAUGGGGGGGUCCUUUCAUGUACGGGAACAGUGGCCUCCCACGGAGGAAAAACUCAGCUCUUGGUGGUCAGAGAAAGGGCAGGAGCAAUGACUCACCACAAGACUCAAAGCUUUCUGUAGCGUUCAGGGACUUGGCUGCUGCUGGAAGCCAGCCCGCCCUCCCAGGCAGCGCUGCCAGCGAGCGAGAGUUGCUGGCAGGCCGCAGAGGAUCCCCACACACACGGAAUCAGUAUGAUUUGGGCUGCCCCAGGGAACGUUCAGCUAGACUGUGCAGGCUGGGCUUGGCCCUACAUGGCGAUGAACACGUGUCUCAAAGCAGGCGGGACUAUUCGCCGUCCUGCUGUAUGGGCCGUGAGGCAGUCAGCAGGCUGUGUGCUCUGAUCCUACUGGCAAUAGGAAAAGCGGCUCAGUGCAGGAGAUACCUGCAAAUCAAGCAUUAGUCACCAUUCCCAUGGACCCAGUUACUGAUGCCAUCUGCAGAAAGAUGAUAUAAAAAUACAGGUCCAGGACCUGAGCAACGGCGGUGGCCAUCUCUGCUCUAUAGAGGCUUGGAAGGAUUAGUUUAUCAGCAAAUGCUGAAACACUGAUUUCAUUGUACAUACAGAUAGAUGACAAACAAUUUCAGUCAAUGAUUGAAAUGUACAGAUAGGCCAGAGGUGGGCAGACUAUGGCCUGUGGGCCAGAUCCAGCCCACCAGCUGUUUGAAUCU